AUGACCGUCUUUGAAGCCGUACCUCCACCAUCACAAGCGCGUCUCGAUGCCUCGUUGACCGACGCGCCCCUGGACACGGAGGAGCUUGUGUCGCAACAGUCCACAACAACACAAGAGAAGGACAAAACAGUGUUGUACCUGGCAUAUGGUUCAAACCUAUGCAACGAAACCUUCCGAGGCGUGCGUGGUAUUCGCCCGCUUUCACAAGUCAAUGUUCUUGUUCCCUCGCUGAGGUUGACCUUUGAUCUCCCCGGCAUUCCCUACAAAGAGCCUUGUUUCGCCAACACAGCGCUGCGGGUGCCGGACGCGCAAGACUACCACAAGGACCGAUGGCAUAAGGGCUUGGUGGGCGUUGUGUACGAGGUGACGCUCUCUGAUUAUGCGCACAUCAUCGCCACGGAGGGUGGAGGCAGUGCCUACAACGAUAUCCUAGUCGAAUGCUACGUGCUACCACCCUCGAACACUGUUCCCUCUACACCCGAUUCGAAGCCGUUCAAAGCGCACACACUCUUUGCGCCCAUCAUAGACCGCGAAACCAAAGAACGAACCACCGCUCGUGUAACGCGACCCGAUCCCAGCUAUGCGCAGCCUUCGGCACGAUACCUCAAGCUCAUAACCGAUGGCGCCGCUGAAUGUCGUCUUCCCGGCGAGUACCAAGAAUAUCUAAACAAUAUACGAACAUAUACCAUUACAACCAAGAAGCAGGAAAUGGGAAAGGCUAUCUUUCUGGCUAUCUGGAUGCCUUUCAUCAUGUUCAUAUUUGCCAUGGGGAGGAAGCUGCAAGACAAAAAGGGUCGGUCGCCGUGGUGGCUAGCGAAGCUCAGUGCUAUGAUCUUUGCAGGCAUGUGGACCAGUUACGACGGCGUUUUCAAGGGAACCUUUGGUGACGGAGAGAGGACAAUAGGUGAUUGUAUGUUGCCGACAAUCGAUGCCAGGAGCAGGAGGAUCUCCACCACUCGAGAAGAUGCGGAAAAGGAAGGCUUGUUAGAAGAGUAUGGGAGGACUAUGUAUGAGCCGCGGUCAACAGGGCAAAAAGCCUGA